UCAUCAAGUCAAACAAUCCUUUUCUGCCAUCAUGGCCCUAAGGCCAUCUACCAACUUAUUCUUAACACUGAUGCUCAAUUUGCUUGCCAUUUUUCCUCCAAUGGCAAUGGCUAGUGAUGCUGAUAUCUUGACAGAUUUUAAUCUUCCACCAAAUGUAUCAAAUGUGGAUGCUACAUUUUUCACGUAUACUGCUGCAAGAUCACUUGUAGGAGCACAGCCACCGACGGCCCUGAAUUUUCUCUUUGCUGACAAAACUAGCUUCCCUGCCCUGGAUGGCCAAGGUGUUUCCUUAGCCGUCUUGCGAAUGCCUGGAGGUGCUGUCAACCCUCCACACAGCCAUCCGCGCGCGACCGAGCUCCUUCUGCUCAUUUCUGGCUAUUUGGAAGUGGGAUUUAUAGAUUCAACAAAUAAGCUCUUCAAUCAAACACUAAAUGCUGGUGACAUGUAUGUGUUUCCUAAGGGACUCGUGCAUUAUCAGUUCAAUUAUGCACCUGAUGUUCCUGCCAUUUCUGUUUCUGCCUUUGGAAGUGCAAAUCCUGGCCUUGUGUCCAUUCCUUCCAAUUUGUUCCAAACCGAUAUUGAGGACAGAAUCUUGGCUUGGUCAUUCAAAACUGAUAUCCCUACCAUUCAGAGGAUCAAGGCUAGCGUUCAGGGUAGCCCCCAAGCAUAGAAAUUGGCUGACAACUUCAAGAUUUUGCAAACUUAUAAAGAGAACAAAUAUUGUCUGAAAUUUCUCUUUAUAUAUCGAUUGCGUACCAGUCACCAUGUUGUUGGGGUUAUUGCAUCUAUACUAGUUGUAUCCCUUUACAGUUUAGAAAGAAAGAUAACUCUCUGAAACUUUAUCAGGGAGCAGUUUAAAUUUAUCGAAUUUGAUGCCAAAAGAUUAAUCA